AUGUCCAUGAAUACAGAUUCCUCAGGGGGUAAUAUUGGUAUUAACAAGGAUGGAGGUACUAAUUCUACCGUGAAUCAUGCUUACGACGCUUUGAACGAGAUAGAAUUACUUCCUGAAACCCUCAGAAAGCAGUCAGGUCAAUAUGACAAAGAAUGUAAGUCAUCAAAUACUAGCAAUUACUCUGACAUGUCGUCCACUAUGAUGAAGUAUCAACCUUUGUUAACAGGGGUAAGCCAUCAGGGCGGCGAUAUCUGUCAUUGCCCACUGUGUUUACUUAGUUAUCAUAUUUCAUAUUUGUUUUCCAACCAGCGUCGGUCGUCUGAGCAUGUUCUUGCCUCAUGGCCUUCCUCUUUUUACACGCAAUUUGGCGGGGGUCUGCCCUCUCUGCCGCCAAUUAGGCCAUCAAAUUUAAAAGUGUGCCCGGUCUAUGAGACAUAUGGCUUUUGUCCCUACAGUCAGGCGUGCUACUUGCAGCAUCCAGCUGUAUUUAGUUCUAAAUCCCUGACGCGAAAAACCGAUUCAGCCGAAGAGGAGUAUAAGUUGUUAGUGAAGAAGGCACAACGCCAGCUGGAUGAGCCUCUCUGGCAGUGUGAGAUCUGUGGAUAUUCCGAAAUCGAUGAAAACAGCCUGUCCGCGGUGGGGGAAAUGUUCUAUUACAGGUAUUGUUCAAAGUGCUCUUUUUGUUGUUACUUUCCCUACAUUACUCGGCUGAUUGAGCACAUUAUUGACUCAGUAGGUGAUGACUAUCAAAGAUUCAAAGACAUAAUUGACGAUUAUCGUAUACGACUCCCGGACGAGUAUAAAGUCCCAUUAUCGUUUGAGGCACACCGUAUCGCGAAUGUAGUAUUUUCUUGGAGUUUAAUUUCUCCAGUACAAGUCCGAGAUGCGGUGGAUUCUGCAUACCGAAUUAUUCCUGACAUGAGCGCCAUCAUCAGCAUGGGCAGUGGCUCUGGAUAUAUUGAGCAUAUUUUUAACCGUGUCACGAACGCAGGUGUGGGUAUGCUUUCCGGUGAUGAAAAUAGUCCUCAGUAUGUGUUGAAGCCAAGCCAAUUCUCAACGAAUAGCUUCAUCGGCGUGAAGACCAGUUUCUAUGGGAAAAAAAUAGUUCCUAUUUACGCCUUUGACGAACUUUUGCUCCGAAGGACCUACAGUGUCCAUGUAUCGAUUGGCGGUCCGCUUUCAAUUUUAUCGAUGGACUGUGCGAGGACUGUGCUGCUCUUGUGUUGGCCUCCUUUUGGAUCAGCCAAAGAUGAGCAAAACUCGAUGAGUUUUGAGGCACUGGAGUACUUCACACAGCGCAACGGAAAAGUGGUUAUUUACAUUGGCGACAUCGCGUCGACGGGCGAUUGGCGCUUUCACCAACUUCUUCAGACGCACUAUAAGUUAGUGCGAGAUUAUCCUGUGCGUAGGGAGGUGCGACGAUGGUUGCCACAGGAGAUGGGCCUGGUUUAUGCUGGGAACGAUACUGUUGGUGUUUAUCAGUCCAGGAGUAUUUCCUCCUUCAUUCAACAAAAUCGAUAUUAG